AUGGAGCCCGUUUCUUUGGCUUUCGGUGUCGUCUCUCUGGGUAUGCAGCUUGUCCAGACAGCUGCUGCCAUCAGGGAACGCAUCGAUGCCUACAAGUCAGCGGCCAAAGAGCUAUCAAUCCUAUCUGACAAGCUGGACGACAUCGAAGCCAUAUGCUACUCUCUUGAAGCAGCCUUCGGUUGCUAUGAGCAGGCACCCAAACCCUGGGACGCCAUGCUACUAAAGAAGCUGCAUCGCAUCAUGAGUGACUGCCGCGACAAGGUUUCACGGCUAUACGAUAUCAUCAACAAGAUUACGUCGUCUCAAUCAAAUAGGCACAUACCACUAAACACCACGGGGGCACGUUUUCUUCAGCACAGGAGUACAAUACGGAAAUGCAAUGACGAGCUGGAUCAGUCCCUCACCUCCCUCCACUUGCACAUGACGACCAAUAUCCUAGUUAUGAAUCUGCGACCACUACCACAAACCUGCAACUCAUUCAGUCUGAAUGUUGCCACGACCACACAAGUUGAAACCAACAUGAAGAACAGUGUCGACUCAGCAGUCAUAAAGUACCGAAAGAGUCGAGCAAGGCAAAACGUACAAACUCAGACGUGGAACUUGUCAUAUUCCUCAUUAUGCCGUCUCGAAAGGACAAAAGUACGAAAGGUGAAGCAAUCCAAGUCUUCCCCCGCUACAGUUCAAGAAGAGACCUCGUUCCUCAUCGGUUCGCCGCUUCUGGGGCUAUACGUAAAGCUCUCACUCCAACGUGGAUCGCUUAGUCCUUUAUCCGUUUCACUGCGGUUUCCCCAUAUAUUCACCUUCGCCUCCGACUCGUGGUUCUUGACGGAUAUUGCGAGGGCUUUUAGAAUGGACAGCGUUGGAAAGUUACGGCAUAUCUUUGAUCAAUACUCCAUCACCCCUUCUACGAGCUUGGCUUUCGUAGAUUCAACGUCAAACAAAACUGACACAUUACUGGGGUUAGCCAUUUCGAACAAGGCAACCCGCAUUCACGACUUCCUAAUCGAUCGGUGUCCCAGCUUAUGCCAUGAACGGCGACACCUCCCCAUCGGCUAUGGCAUGCUUUACGGACCCUCCACAGCCAAUAGUAGCCUUGAUGAUACUUGUGCGCGUGCGAGCGCUUACAUCGACAUGCGAGGUGACGCCCUUGAACCUAGCGAGUUCUAUGCUCUACUUCAGGGCUGGUCGUCUCCGACGCACAUGGGUUUCCUCGUCGACACUUGCAAGCAGCUUUUCCCAGGAGAAUGGGAGCCCUUUAACAGAUAUCUCUGGAACCAUAUAUUCCGUUCUUUUGAGAAAGUAUGCGACCACUCAAUCCUUACCACCCAGGAGGUCGACAGGGAUGUAAUGGUCGGAUUGGCAGGUCUUACGCGACAAGUAAUUUCUGAUGGGUUGGAUAUCCACUGCAACAUGACAUUCCAUGAGCUGUCAGUCCAUGGACUGAAAUCUGCUCUACAAAGCUUGGUCGACUACGGCGGGAGAAAGACUCUCUUCUAUUGCCAUCAGUGGGUUGAGAUGUUGCACCAAGCUGGCGUUGAUGUUGAUAUCUACCUCGAGAGAGAGAUACAGGCUAUAAGUGCGGCCUGGGACUCCCAUUUUGAGGACGAGGCUUACAUCCGAGAGUUGAAAGUCGAGGAGUACAUGGGCAGAAACCUUCCCACUUGGGUCAUGUCAUUUGCUGCCACAGAUGCUCCUGAGUUGUUCUCAGAAUUCCCUCACCUCGUCUCAUGGAAUUCCUUUGGGUACAUCAUUCCAGGCAAGAAGACUCCGGGAGACAUUUACCACAUGCCAGAUGAGCCCAAGCCACAUCAGGGUUGGAAGCAAGUCUUGCAGGUAUCUGGCGGAGUUGUUCGUCCACCUCUCGAGCGGUGGUCGCUUAACUGGCACCGACCCCCAAGGCCUUUGGAUGAAGAAGGCAGGAAAAUGGUCGAGGGGCUUGCAUAUGCAUGCGACUUGAUGGAAAGCCGGUUCGAGCGAAAGAGACUGAAGAAGUUGCGCAAGGCUGGAUACAUGAGGGAAUUUGCUCCGUUGAGGUUUAAAGAAAGGAUCCCUGGAACGUGGGUGGAAUAG